ACUAUAUUCACAUUGAAGCAUCUGAUCCACGACAACUCGGUAACAAAGCUCGGUUAAUUUCUCCUGUGUCUCUCCCUAUGGAGGAAGGAUGUUUGCAGUUUUGGUACCAUAUGUACGGGUCACAUAUAGGGACUUUAAAUGCUUAUGUGAAAUCAAAUGGUCUGCUAGGAAGCGCUGUUUGGAGCACGGAAGGUGAUAAAGGCAAUGGGUGGAUUCGAGGAGAGUUUCCACUUACAAAAAUCAGUCGUAAUUUCCAGAUCGUGUUUGAGGGAAUACGAGGUACUGGAUAUCAAGGCGAUAUUGCAAUUGAUGACGUAAAAUUCAUGACUGAUUCUUGUGCACGUAAAAAUUCAGUAAAUUGUGAUUUUGAGAGCUCGGAUAUCUGUCAAUUCGAGCAGGAGAGUUCGGAUGAUUUUGAUUGGACGAGACAGACAGGAGAAACUUCGUCUGUAGACACUGGACCGAAGAACGACCAUACAUACAAAAUGGAGAACAAAGGAUUCUUUAUGUUUAUUGAAACCUCAAGUCCACGUGUGUCGGGCGAUAUCGCCCGAUUGAUGACACUAGAACAGCCAUCACCAUCAUCGGACCUAUGUGUACAGUUCUGGUAUCAUAUGUAUGGACAGACGAUUAGCAAGCUUAAUGUCUACUUGAAACAAAAGAAAAAUCUAGGAAAUUCGAUAUGGUCAAAAGCGGGUGACCAAGGCAAGAAGUGGUUACUGGGAGAAAUAGAAGUCCCUGCGAACUUUGGGGCAUUUCAUAUUGUCUUUGAAGGUGUUGUGGGCUCUGACUAUCAUGGUGAUAUUGCGAUUGACGAUAUUCAUAUGAAGCAAGGAGGUUGCUAUUCUGGAAAAAGUGGUAACUGUACAUUCGAAUCUGGUCUCUGUUCCUGGACAAACGCCGUGGGAUCUAAUGAUGAUUUUGAUUGGUCGGUUGGAAAUGGAGGCACACAAAGGAAAGAUGCAAGUCCUUUUGUUGAUCAUACAUACCAAAAUAAAACUGGAAAAUAUCUUUAUACCGAAUGCUCGCAACCCCAACGUUCAGGGAAUAUCGCUAGUAUUCAAAGUACAAGACUGGCGCCUACAAAUGGAACAUGUUUUAGUUUCUGGUACCAUAUGGAUGGAGAUCAUAUUGGUAGACUCUCUGUGUCAGUACAUGUUAAAGGAUCUAGAUCUCCAGUUAUAUGGGAACUCAAGGGCCGACAAGGACAUAAGUGGAAUCUAGGUCAAAUUUCAAUAGCCAGUGCUUUACAUUACAGAAUUCUGAUAAAUGUAACCUGCAGUAAAGGACACAAAGGAAACAUAGGUAUCGAUGACGUCAUAAUAGAUAACAUCAAAUCGUGUUCUGUUUUACCAAAGAAAGCUGUGAAAGAAUGGCAUCUGGUAUUCCUUGGAAAGGGUGGCAAUGGUGACAGUAUUUAUGACAAAUGGAGAAAACAAACACCGUCAAUAUGUACAAUAUCUAAAAACUGUUUACCCGAGAACGAAGAUAUAUCAAUAUUCAAUGUCAAAUCCAAACAUCACCUGAAGAGUCCUAUCAUUGAUAACUGGUCUACAUCAAACAUUAAACAGGUUAAGUUAGAGCUGUACAAGAAGAAGGUUCUAGUCAUGUCUAUGAUCUUUGACGGAACAAAUACAAAUAACAUAAACUGGUUCUCUUCCAAAAACUUGAUUAACAGCAGUUUCGAUGAUUUGUAUGGUGACGGUUGCUUUUUUAAAUAUCAAUUAAAUUCAUGGUACGCGUAUUCAUUCAUGACAUUCCAAGAUGGCCACCCAUGUGAUACCUAUGCUAAAGGAUGGUUUGCUGUUAUUGAUAAAGACUAUAGUUCUUCCUCAUCUUAUCCUAGCACCUGUUUACAUAUGAAGCAACAGCAGUACCCAGUGUUUGCUUAUGCUGAAUAUAACCACAAAACAAAGUGGGUUGACAAAAGUUAUGGUUUGGCAGAUACCUUGGCUAUUAUGGUAAAACGAAUAUAAGUUUUCAUCGUAGGAAAACAAUAAAGAAUCACAUUUAACUAUUGUAUUAAAGUUUUACUGUCU